CCUGCUCAAAUCUGCAGAACACAUUUAACCUAUCUCCCUUCAUCACCAGUGGGGAGAUGUUGAAGUUCAAGUAUGGAGCACGGAACCUGCCGGACGCUGGUGCUGCUGAAUCCAUUGCCAGCCGGGCCUCCAGGUUGAAUCUUUUCUUCCAGGGGAAACCACCCUUCAUGACUCAACAGCAGAUGUCUCCUCUUUCCCGAGAAGGGAUAUUAGAUGCCCUCUUUGUUCUCUUUAAAGAAUGCAGUCAGCCUGCUCUGAUGAAGAUUAAGCACGUGAGCAACUUUGUCCAGAAGUAUUCUGACAUCAUAGCUGAGUUGCAGGAGCUCCAGCCUUCGGCAAAGGACUUUGAAGUGAGAAGUGUCGUAGGUUGCGGUAACUUUGCCGAAGUGCAGGUGGUCAGAGAAAAAGCGACCGGGGACGUCUAUGCCAUGAAAGUCAUGAAGAAGAAGGCUUUGUUGGCCCAGGAGCAGGUUUCAUAUUUUGAGGAAGAACAGAACAUAUUAUCUCAGAGCACAAGCCCUUGGAUCCCCCAGUUACAGUAUGCCUUUCAGGACAAAAAUAAUCUUUAUCUGGUCAUGGGAUAUCAGCCUGGAGGGGAUUUGCUGUCGCUUUUGAACAGAUAUGAGGACCAAUUAGAUGAAAAUAUGAUUCAGUUUUACCUAGCUGAACUCAUUUUGGCUGUUCACAGCGUUCAUCAGAUGGGAUAUGUACAUCGAGACAUCAAGCCCGAGAACAUCCUCAUUGACCGAAUGGGACACAUCAAGCUGGUGGAUUUUGGAUCAGCUGCUAAAAUGAACUCAAAUAAGAUGGUGAAUGCCAGACUCCCAGUUGGGACCCCAGAUUACAUGGCCCCUGAAGUGUUGACCGUCAUGAAUGGGGACGGAAAAGGUGCCUAUGGCCCAGACUGUGACUGGUGGUCGGUGGGAGUUAUUGCUUAUGAGAUGGUUUAUGGACGGUCCCCAUUCACUGAGGGAACCUCAGCCAGAACCUUCAAUAACAUCAUGAAUUUCCAGCGGUUUUUGAAGUUUCCAGAUGAUCCCAAAGUUAGCAGUGAAUUACUUGAUCUGAUCCAAAGUUUGUUGUGUGGCCAGAAAGAGAGACUGAAGUUUGAAGGCCUUUGCUGUCAUCCUUUCUUCUCUAAAAUCGACUGGAGUAACAUUCGAAACUGUAAGUAG